AUGACAUUGUAUGAUCUCAAAGUAGGAGACAAAGUCCGCAUUCUUUUGGGAGACCACGAAGGUGUUAUGGGUUGGGUAGUGAAUCAAGACGAGGACUAUGUGUGCGUCUUCAAUGACAGGACUGGUACAGAGAUAGAGGUAUCUCCAGGAAUUGUCCAGUUCUUCACCUCCCCCUUUGUCUUUGGAACAGAGUCCUCAGAAUUGAAAGCUCCCUUCUCAGAUGUGCAAAAGCAUGUCAUGAAGGGGGACUCUAACAGUCAUCUUGUAGGAAAACAAGUAAUGGUCACCAAGGGGGAUUUUAGAGGUUACCGAGGCAGAAUCAAAAGCACGCCAGCACCUCCGCCCAGUACUCUGGCAGGCUUCUUGUUCCCUGGUUACCCCUUGCCAGAUCCGCAACCAUCAGUCCCUUAUCCUGCUGCUUUCCUUGUGCAGACUCCGGCCAUUGCAGGGCCAUCUACUCUGCUUCCUAACUCAGAAGAUAUCCCUACAACCCCAGCUUGGAACCCAAGCUCACGAACCCCCCACCGUGGCAAUGAUGAUACUGAGGCUGUUAUGGCAGCCACUUCUCCAUAUUGGCUCAGAGAUGACUGCUUCACCAACAUGAGGCUGAGCCUUCGUCUCAUCAACACCAACCCUAAUUUCCAUAGGGGCGAGCACAAAUAUAAGUGCGGGGAGUUCAAGGGAGUAGUCGGAGAUGCAGUGAGGGUCCAGCUCAGUUUCAAAAUUUUGGAAGUGCCAUUUCCAUAUUUAAUACCUGAAAGGCCGGAGUGCAAAUCCCAGGUUGUUACCGCAUUUACUGGCCCACAUAAGGGGUCGCAGUUUAGGAUCAAGGAGUUUGGCACAGAUUUUUGCAGCUGCUCAAUUUUGAAAUCAACAAUGCUUUUGAGGAAGGUUGAUGUCAAAAUCACCACCAAUCAACUGGUAGUCACCGCCCGAGACAGUCAGCAAUAA